AUGCAGUGCGGGCUCUCCUUCCCAAUUCCUUCUCGCCUGCUCGGCUACUGCAAUCGUCGUGGCGUUGCUCUCACGCAGGUGAUGCCAGCUUCGAUAACGAACUACGUAGGGUUCGUAUCUCUUUGUAACGAGCUCGGCAAGACUCCAACCAGUCGGCUUUUUGAGGACCUUUUCUCGGUUAACAUCCACAAAUCUAAGGAGUGGUUCUUUGCUGCGAACGCUAAGCCGAAGAAGAACAUCGUUACUGGACCGAAGCCCAGUAAAUUCAACGACUGGGAAUCUCUCUACUUUUAUCUGGAGAUGAACGAUCUCACCGUCAACAACUCUGACAUCCCAACUCAAUCGGAGUGGAAGAUUCCGAUCGGUCGUCAUCUCCCGAGCAUUAUCCUUAACUCCAGACUUACCUCUGAGUUCGAAGAAGCCUUCAGUGAAGCCGGUAAGCGUCGUUGGCCUGAGGUUUGGGAAGAAAUUCUUCAGCGCCGAGCUAAGAAAGCAGGUUCUGUUCGCGAACCAAAACCGUGGAAGCCAAAAACUCGAGCUAGCAAGCCUCGAGCCGCUCAUAAACGCAAAGCACCGAAGUCGCGAGCUCAACGCACCCGAACCGCCAGGAUGCUCUCAAUAGACGAGAUCCCGACUCUCUUUGACGCAGAGGAGCCAGACGUGGCAGAUCCGACCCCUGUCCCUGCUGCCGAAGGGACUAAUAAGCAGCCAGAGGAGAUGCUUCCUGCUGCGAACUCACCUGACCAAGCUGGUCAGAAGAAGACGAAGAAGAAGAAGUCUUCUAAAAAGAUUAAAAAGGUAGAAGACUCUUCUCGGGCACAGGACGCUCCUGCUGAACUCGAAGUGCCGAUGACCGUGGCGUCAGACCUCGCUCUCUCCCAAGACCGAGCUGAGGCUUCCCACUCUCGAAAGAGACAAGCCGGAGAUCGUUCCAAAGGUUCUCCUGGGCCAGAACCAGCGAAGAGGGCGAAGGUCUGCUUCGACUACGACGAAGAGACUCCUUUCGAGGAGAACGUUGAUGCCUGCGCCGAGCUCUACCAUAAGAUCUCUUCCCAGGUCCCGAGCCUCCCGUCGGUCCCCGAACUCCGGUUCCCAAACAUGUACAAGGGGAUCGCCCGUAUAACUGCAGUGCUCGCUAGCCAGACCAACAAUCUGGUCGCCGCAUACGAGGUAGCUCUAUUUGACGAGCAAGAGAGUGCAGAGCUGAAGGCGGUGAAGGCCGAGCUCACCGAGGCUCAGAGCUUGCUCUCUAGGGAGUUUGAAAAGGAUAAGGGGCGGCUGCAGGACAUGGUGGCACAUUGGAAGGCUCAGGCCAAGAGCGUUCAUGCAAAGGCCUGCGAGCGUUUAGAGAAGGUCAUCCGGAGCUUGGAUGAUGCUGACCGAGCUCGUAAGCCGUACCUAGUCUACAACCAGCUCACCGGAGUCCUCGGUUUUAUCAAGCAGCUCAAAAAGAAGGGCUUGUACGAGGUUCCACCCGAGAUGGUAGCGGACAUCGAGGCGAAGCACACCAAGGCCCUGGAGGAGUUCCGUUCGAUCGAUGCUUGCGUCCUUACUGAAGAGGACAAGCGGAUGUCUCCUUUCGUUGAAGAGGAUGACGUGCCGGUCGCGAAUGUAACCCAAAGCGCUCAGGAUCCAAUGGUAGGCGAACAGUUCGGUUCAAACGAGGAUAUGCUCAACGCCGAUCAAGCCGCGACCUCGAAGACCGCUUAA